UACGCCACCACGGGCUGCUCUCUGACACUCCACCACACAGAAAAGCCAGAACACGAAGACAUCUGCGAGUAUCGUCCCUACUCCUGCCCUUGCCCCGGGACCUCCUGUAAAUGGCAGGGAUCCUUGGAAGCGGUGAUGUCCCACCUCAUGCAUGCCCACAAAAGCAUUACCACCCUUCAGGGAGAAGACAUCGUCUUUCUGGCCACGGACAUUAACCUUCCAGGGGCAGUUGACUGGGUGAUGAUGCAGUCGUGCUUUGGCCACCACUUUAUGCUAGUGCUGGAGAAACAAGAGAAGUAUGAAGGCCACCAGCAGUUUUUCGCCAUCGUGCUGCUCAUCGGCACCCGUAAGCAGGCGGAGAACUUUGCGUACAGACUGGAGCUGAAUGGCAACCGCCGCCGGCUGACCUGGGAGGCGNGGCCGCCAGCCACUCUCAACAGUGACUGCCUCGUUUUUGACACGGCCAUAGCACACCUCUUCGCUGACAACGGGAACCUCGGCAUCAACGUGACUAUCUCUACAUGUUGUCCGUAG